UCCACCUGCUUUGGGAAGUCGUGGAGACACAGAAGCCCUUGAAGAUGAUGACGCUCGGAUAAGUUAUCUUGACUGUCAAGGAGGUCAGGAGGAGAGCAGGAGACAAAUGGCGACACCAAAAGCCGUUAUUUCCGCGGUGAAGGCGAAAAGCACACUAAAAAGAGCGGACAAAUCAUCACGACCAUGUGCUCGGAGCUCGAUAGAAAAGUUGCCUUCUGAGAUCCUCAUUAAGAUCCUGUCAUACCUCGACGUUGCUGCUCUUUUCACGCUAAGCCACGUCAACAGUCUCUUUUACCAACUAGCCAGUGACAAUGCUUUGUGGCAUAAGAUCUUCCUGAAAGAGUUUGGGAAAAAAAGAAAGCUCUAUCCCAAAUUUGUAGAGGACUUGUUAAAGAAGACAGCUGAUAUCAGUAAUCUGGAUGUUGGCCACUGGAAAUGGCUGUAUUUCAAAACAGGAGCCGAUUGUGACACAUACAAGUGGAAGAAAAGCCGCUAUGUUAUCAACCGUCACACUGGACUGCCUAGUAAAACAGAACAAGUUCUCAGGAACCUUCAUGUGAGCUGGCAGCUGACGGUGGUGGAGCGGUCACAGAAGCAGAGCACACUGGACCUGAGUUGGCUGAAGUUCUUGGAGACCUCUGUGAUUCUGUGUUGGAGCGGCCUUUUGCCCGACCUCCACAAUAUCUCUGCUGUCCAGCUCCACGGGGUCAGAAGGGUCGCACUCAGCCGCACCGGUCUGAAGAAACCAGCACAGAGGUCCCUGAUGAUGACUUUAGACAUGACUGUAUCCAAAAGCACUCAGCAUAUUGGUCAAGACAAACUGAUGCAACUUAAGCUUCUGCAGCCUGGUGUUAUUGUGGGCCUUUGGAAGGACCAGUGCUCUGUGGCCUUCGUCUUGUUGUGCCUUCACUUCCACAGGCUGGUGGAGAGGAGCACCCAGGGAUCCUCAGUCUGCCCUUUCAUUGAGCCAGCAGCCAAGCCUCCUUUUGAUGACAUCGAUCCUGAAUACGGUCUCCAUGGUUACCAUCUACACAUCACUUUGCACAACAUCAAGCGCACAAUUUUGUCCGAAAGCUUCGCCUCACUUUUCUGUCAUAAAUCUCAGAUGUGCGAUGGACUCAUGCAGCUGACUGCCAUUCACAGGAACAGGUUGUCUGAACACACACCUCUGUCUGGCAGCAUCAAUCUCCCCUGGAGGUGUGAGGCCCUGCAAGGAGCUGUGCAGAAUUGCUGCAUCAUGACAGUGACUUUACUGGAUGAAUUCAAGAUCCCUUUGUGGUAUGUUAGUUCUGCAGUUAGUCUGGAAGUAGAUCAGUCGGCUCACACUGAUUGUAACUACGAAGGGAACCGUUUUCUAAUCCAUUUUAAAGAUGAAGUGGGCCAGGUGAAGAUGCAUUUUGUACAUGAUGUUGAACAAGAGACUUAUACAAUUACUGGUUUAGUUAUUUACAUUACUAUCUCCAAGAUCAACUCUCAUUUUGGCACAAAUUACUGA